AUGUCAAAUUUAGCAACAAAUAAUACAAAUCAUAGAUUGAAAUCAGAUGAAAUAUCAGAAGGAUUAGGAGAAAUAAAUCAUACAUCAGCACUUCCAGUUGAUUUUGGAAAAUUAUACAAUCAAUUCGAUUAUAGUGAUAUUGAAUUAAUUAUCGAAUCUGAACGUUUUUAUGCUCAUCGUGCUAUACUUGCUGUUCGUUCCGAAUACUUCCGAGCAUUACUUUACGGUGGUUUACGUGAAUCACAAUAUGAUAGUCGUACAAUAGAAAUUAAAGAAUGUAAAGCAGCUGCAUUUAAAAUUCUUUUACAUUAUAUUUAUACGGGACAAAUUAGUUUAACUAAAGAAAAUGAAGAUAUUUUACUUGAUUUACUUGGUCUUGUACAUCAAUAUGGAUUUGAACAACUUGAAAAUAGUUUAUCAAUAUAUAUACAAUCAAUUUUAUCAUUAAAUAAUGUUUGUAUUAUAUAUGAUACAGCUUGUCUUUAUAAAUUAAAUAAUCUUCGAGAACAUUGUGCCCUAUUUAUUGAUAAUCAUGCAAAAGAAAUAAUUAAAACAAAUGAAUUUUUUGCAUUAUCAUCUGAAGCAUUCUCAUCUAUUAUUGCCCGUGAUUCAUUUUACUGUGCUGAAAUCGAUAUAUUUUAUGCUGUUAAAAAUUGGCAUGAUUAUUAUUAUAUGAAUCAAAAAGAUCAAUGGAAACCAUUUGAUAAUAUUGUAUCAAAUGUACGAUUAACAUUAAUGUCAAUGAGUGAAUUAUUAAAAAUUGUACGUUAUUCAAAUUUAUUUGAUCUUAAUCGUAUUGUGGAUGCUAUUGAUAUAAUUCAUACUGAAACAAAUUCAUCGAUUGAUAUUAAUAAUAAAUAUAAUUAUAGAAAUUAUCGAGGACGAUUAAGAUUAAAUGAAAAUAUAGCUACAAAAGCAUAUGAUGCUCAAGUGAUUGAAGGUAAAUAA